CUUCUUUUCAUCCCACCUCUUAUCAUCAUCCUCUUAUCAUCAUCCCUUUCACUAAUAUCGCCAGCAUCGAUACCAGGUUAGUAUACAACGUGUCGUUACCUAAAAUUCAAUUAUGUUUUAUAUCAUUCUCAUAUAGCCUUGGUCUCAUAUACAACUCCUAGACAAAUGUAAUAGAAAUGUCAUCAACAGACAACUCUCCAAUGGCUCGACUACCAUCAAAUCUCGUUUCCGUCUUCACCCAAGCUCUCAAGAGCUACCAGAUAUCCAAUGCGAAUUUCCGCGUAUUAUGCUCUUUAACCCAUUCUUCCCUAUCCUCCACGCCAACUGAAGCACCAGUUCCUCAUCCACCUCAAACCCCUCCAAAACCCCUUCUUGUUCUCGACUCAUCCUUCAACCCGCCUACCCUCGCUCAUCAACGUAUGGCGCUGUCCGCUCUUUCAGAGCACGGGCAGCCCAGUAAUGACAGCACUUAUAAAUCGCGAGUCCUCCUUCUCCUCGCCACCAACAACGCAGACAAGGCGCCAAAGCCAGCCGCUUUCCCGCAGCGCCUAGCUAUGAUGUACAUCUUCGCGCAAGACCUACUGCGCUCAACGGCAACAGAAACAAGCCAUAAGAACCAGUGCGAAGGCGUAGACAUAGCAGUGACAACCGAGCCGUACUUCCACGCCAAAGCAGCCGCCAUCUCCGCAUCAGACUUCUACCACGGCCAUAAUAGUAGCGCGGGAGAACGCAGCACAACGGAGCUAAUCUUCCUAACGGGCUUCGACACGCUCGUCCGCAUCUUCAACCCCAAGUACUACCCCGACGGGUCCAUGGCUACGUGUCUCGACCCGUUCUUCGCGCACUCGAAGCUGCGGGUGACGAUGCGCCCGGACGCGGAGUGGGGCGAUGCCGCGGCGCAGAGGGCGUAUGUGCGGGAGUUGCGGGCGGGUGGGCUGGAGCGCGUGGGCGGGAGGACGUGGUGGGCGGAGCGGAUUGAGAUGGUGGAGGAGAGGGCGGAUGGGGAGGAGGAGGUUGUUAGUAGUACGAAGGUGCGCGAGGCGGUGCAGAGGAGGGAUUGGGAGGCGUUGAAGAAGUUGGUUAGUGAGGAUAUCGCACGGUGGAUUCGGGAGGAGGGGUUGUACGCGGAGGGGGGUGUGUGAUGGGGAUAAGGGAGGUGGAAGCUUGCUCGUUAUUAUUAUGCUAUAUUAUGCUAGAGGAGUUCGGACUAAGGCGUCGUUGACUGUAUAGCUGAGGUCGGAACAACGACUCACGGCGUUCAUCCCAUCCCAUCCCAUCCCACGCACUGGCAGAAUAUAGGGGUGUAUACCCAAGCAUCGACAUAUUAAGAUGUCAUGCGAGGCCUGGAUGGGGGUUCAGAAGCAUUACGAAGGUAAUAGGGGAAGGAAAGGGGGUAGGGAACUGCACGUGUCUAUUAUGCCCUAGAGGACGCACCCAAGAUCCAGAGUAUAAACUACUAAUUAUUUUCGAUGUCCAUUGUAUCGAAUGCUGAUGGCCGAAGAACUAGGCAAAGGAUGAGUAGGUACAGCGAGAAUUACGUGCUGUGAAGACGUAGC